AUGCUCCUGUUUUUUUUUUACAUCUCCACGCCCAUGAGCUCUAUGAGCCCGGAAGAUUCUAUCGCGACGAGUCUCUGUUCUAGCGAAGACGGAAACGAUAUUGUGGUUCCCGCAGCGUCCCAAGAACGCCUACAGACGCCCGUUGCCGUAGUUGGCAUGGGUUGUCGACUACCUGGACAUAGCAAAUCCCCGACAGCUCUGUGGGACCUUCUUCAAAGGGGUGGGAUAGCUGAAAACACGCCCCCAGAGAGCCGCUUCAAUCUCGCUGGUCAUUACGAUGGAACGGGAAGAGCAAGAACCAUGAAGUCUCCGGGUGGUAUGUUCAUGGAGUAUGUCGAUCCCGCUGUUUUUGACGGCCAUUUUUUUAGCAUUAGCCGGGCGGACUGUGUCGCCAUGGACCCACAGCAACGCCAGCUUCUGGAAGUAGCAUAUGAAGCUUUGGAAAACGGUGGUAUCCCGCUCGAGAAGAUUAGUGGCACCAGGACUGGUGUCAUUGUCGGAAACAGCUUCUCAGAUUAUACAGCUAUCCAGAAUCGCGAUCCCGAGGACAGAGCAGAUUCGAUCACCAUUGGCCUCUCACCGUCGAUUCUCAGUAACCGUUUAAGUCAUUUUUUCAACAUCAGCGGCCCGAGUAUAUCUAUCGAUACGGCAUGCUCUGGCAGUUUGGUUUCACUAGACGUAGCUUGCCGCUUUUUAGAUACCCAUCAGGCCGACGGUAUGAUUGUGGGAGGGACCAAUCUAUGGCUCGCACCAGAGCACAACGAGGAAGUCGGCACUAUGAACAAGACACAGUCCGCCUCCGGCCAGUGUAGGAGUUUUGAUGCCAGCGCCGAUGGCUAUGUCAAGGCCGAGGCUGCCAACAUUGUUUAUUUGAAGCGGCUAGACGACGCAGUCCGUGAUAACGACCCCAUCAGAGCUGUUAUCCGGGGCACAGCUUCGAACGCGUCUGGUCGCACAGCGGGUCUCGCCAACCCGAGCUCAGAAGCUCAGGCAGCUGUUACCAGAAUGGCUUACAAGAACGCCGGCAUCAUUGAUUUCCGAGAUACGCAAUAUGUUGAAUGUCAUGGAACUGGUACACUUACUGGAGACCCCAUCGAGGCCCAGGGUGUUGCUUUGGUGUUCGCGCCUGGUCGCCCGGCUGGCCAGGAGUUGAUCAUCGGGUCAAUAAAGAGUAACGUCGGUCAUUCUGAGGCCGCUGCUGGGAUCUCAGGUCUGAUUAAGGCCACUAUGGCUGUCGAACGUGGCCAAAUUCCAGGCAACCCAACUUUCAGCAAGCCAAACCCCAGGAUCGAUUGGGAGCGUCUCAAACUACGGGCGAGCCGAACCAUGGUUCAGUGGCCGAAAGGCUCGAUCAUUCGACGAGCUAGUGUAAACUCGUUUGGUUUUGGAGGCGCUAAUGCCCACGCUGUUCUCGAGAAUGCCACGUCGUCCCCUCACGUGUCUUCCUACCAAAACAUUUCCAAUAACUUCUUUGACGACGAGGAUGUUGAAGAUGAAGGCGAAGAGGAAGAGAAGAUACCACCAAAACUUUUAGUCUUUUCUGCAAAUGAGCCGAGCUCACUUACAAACUAUGUCAAAAACCUAUCCAACCAUCUUCUCGACCCUACGGUAUCGAUUGAUAUUGACCACCUAGCCUAUACCCUAAGCGACAGGAAAAGCAAGCUGUACUACCGUGCUUUCACAAUCACGCAAUCAAAAAAGCCCAACCUAUCAACUGGAGAUUUGGUGACUGGAAAGCAAGCCCCCUCAACUCCUCGCGUUGGGUUCGUGUUUACCGGGCAAGGUGCACAGUGGUCUCAGAUGGGGGCAGAUCUUCUAAAGAACUUCCCAGUUGCGAGAAGGAUCAUUGGAGAACUCGAUGGGGCCCUCAAAUCUUUAUCCGAACCGCCAUCGUGGACGCUGAUGGAGGAGCUCACUUCGGCUCGAAGUGCUGAAGCUCUCCGUCAACCCGAAUUUUCGCAGCCGCUAGUCACGGCUCUGCAGCUAGCGCUUUUAGAAGUCUUGCAUGAUUGGGGAGUCAAAGCUGAGGCGGUGGUUGGUCACUCUUCUGGUGAAAUCGCUGCUGCCGCUGCUGCAGGGCAACUUACCUACGCUGAUGCAAUCAAGACUGCGUUUUAUCGUGGUCAGGCAGCCAAGAAAGUUGGAGCGCCUCUGGAACCCGUUGGGAUGCUUGCCGUUGGUAUUGGCGCCAAUAAGAUUGAGCAAUACCUUCGGCCAGAGGAAGGCAAGGUUCAGAUUGCCUGUUACAAUAGUCCGGAUAGUCUCACGAUAUCGGGCACACGAUCAGCAUUGGAGAAGCUACGUGAUAGGUUGCAGACAGAUAGACAUUUUGCACGCCUUCUGCUUGUUGACUUGGCUUACCACUCCGACUACAUGGCCAAGAUCGGCGAAGUCUACGAAGAAAUGCUUCUCAAAUAUGACCUUUUUAAACAUCGAUCAAAAGUCACCGGCUCUCAGGUUCGAAUGUUUAGCUCUGUUACUGGAAAUAUCCUGGAGCCAAGUGAGAAGCUCGAUGCAGCAUACUGGAAGAGUAACAUGGUCUCGCCUGUUCGAUUUGCAGAGGCAACCUCAGAGCUGAUCCGUAGUGGGGAAUUCGGUGCCAACUUCUUAAUUGAACUUGGUCCAUCCAAUGCGCUCUCUGGUCCAAUUGCACAAAUAAAGAAGGGCCUUGCGGGAAAGAUCAGCGAUGUUCCAUAUACAUCUUGCUUGACUCGCGGCCAGGGAUCGGUUCUUGCACUGUACAAAUCAGCCGGCCAGCUGUAUCUUGCUGGGGGUAGUGUCAGUCUCAGCAGAGUCAAUAGAAUCGAGAAGAGCAACGCCAAAGUCAUCGUGGACCUGCCCAAUUACUCGUGGAACCAUAACAACCGGUAUUGGCACGAAACUAGAGCCAGUAAAGAGUGGCGUUUCAAGAAGUUUGUCAACCACGAUCUUCUUGGAUCAAAGAUCCCUGCUACCGCUUGGGUGGCACCAACGUUCAAAAAGCUCUUGAAGCUCUCUGACGUUCCCUUCCUGAGAGACCAUGUUCUUGGCAGUGAAAUUGUCUUCCCGGGAGCAGCAUAUAUUGCAAUGGCAGUUGAAGCCAUCUACCAGAUGACUAUGGCUGUCAAGUGGAACUAUCAGGCGCCAGAAAAAUACCGCUUCCGAUUGAAGGAUGUCAAAAUCCUUCGUGCCUUGGUACUUGAAGAAAACUCAGAGAUUCGUAUCACGUUGUCGCUGACACCCGUCAAAGGAGGUUCCACACACACCUGGUACGAAUUUCGGGUGUGUUCAGUGCCAGAAGAUGCACCGAUUGACCAGGAACAUUGCAUAGGUUCUGUUUGCAUUGAAACAGAUUACCAGAGCAUCACUGCUCCAGCAAACGAUCUGCGACCGUUGGAAUUCCCCACACCUGCUCGUGUAUGGUACAAAGCAUUGGCCGACAUGGGAUACAAGUUUGGACCCUGCUUCCAGAAACACAUCGCAGUUGAGUCUUCCAUUGGCAGACGAUCUUCGAGAUCUACUGUUAGCCUUGAGCCACCACCAUCAAACCCUCUCGGACAGUGCACUUACCCAAUGCAUCCAGCUAUUUUGGACUCCUGUUUACAGGCAACUUCCCCAUCGUUGUGGAACGGUGAGCCGCCCACUUCCGGCUCUGCGGUUCUCGUUCCCAAAAUCAUUGGUAGCAUGGUUAUCAAGGGUGGAAAGAAUCUGCCAGUCGAUGGUGAGGGUAUCGCAUUGGCGUCCGCAAACUGGGUAGGCAUUGGAGACAAAGACCAUCCACGCAAUUACACCACGAACAUUCAGGUUUUCAGUCCUGUAGACUCCACUUGUCUAUUUGAGAUGAGAGGUCUUGAGCAAGGAGAGAUUGAGGUGGGCAACAACGAGAAGGCAGGCCACACGUUCACUCGUCUCUUAUGGAACGCCGAUGUCGAUACAUUAUUCAAGAUCCCCAAAGUUGUAGCACAGCAACAUCUUGCGACCAAGGAUACUGGCAAUCUAAUCAAUCUGGCUGUUCACAAGAGGCCAGGACUAGCUGUAUUAGAGCUUAACUUGAACACAGAAGAUUCUUCCAGCAUGUGGAACAUGGAUAAAGGGUCUAUGAUGCGUUCUGCUUGCUCACAGUACAUCUUAGCCCUUCGCGAUCCUAAGGUCAUGUUGGCAACCCAAGAGCAGAUGCAGGGUACGCAAGUUCGUCUGGCUGAUGUCAUCAAGGGUGGAGAGAUUGUCCUGGACACAAAAUUUGACUUAAUCAUUGUCAAAGGGCCAGUUUCCGGAGUUGACAGCGAUAUAUUAGCACAAAGUAUUGCCAGCUCCGCCAAGACAGAUGCAUUUGUCGUCGGCCACAGUCUACCUGAAACACUCUUCAAGCACUUCGGCACAACUCUCACUGCUGGAAAUGGAAGCAGCAUCUGCCAGUUUCAGGGGAGCAAGUCGAGUGAGACUGUACGCCGCACGAUUACCCACACGAGCUUUGUUGAUCCAGCGGCUGAGCAGUCGCAAGAAACAGCUCAGGUUAUUAAAAAGCUUACUUCAGACCGAUGGGCUGUCAAGUCAACUAUUUGCCCUACAACAGAUAUCAAGUCCAGCGAAGACAUUGUGUUAGUGGUUGACGAGCUUUUCCACUCGCUCAUGGACGGCUUUACCGAACAGCAGUGGGAACUUAUCAAACAUCUUCUUGAAAAACGAUGUCGCCUACUAUGGGUCACGGUAGGUUCCCAUUUGAACGUCAAUGACCCCAACAAAGCCGCUAUCGCUGGUCUCCUCCGUACUAUCCGCAGUGAGGAGCAGGUACGCUUCAUUACCCUCGAUGUUGAGAAUGCUACCGGGGACGCAACCCCCGUUGCUAUUUCAGCAUGCCUGGACCAACUCUCUGCUGAAGAAUCAGACUCAGCAGAAGACUACGAAUUUGUUGAGCGCGGAGGUGUAACAUACAUCAGCCGCAUUGUUCCCGAUGCAAAGCUUACCUCACUCCAAAGCAACGAUAUAAGCGAACAGCCCAUUGACACCGUUGACUUCCAUGAGUGCGAAUCGCUUGUUAGACUCCGCUGCGAACGCUUGGGAAACCUCGACAGCCUUCAUUUCGGUGAGGUUUCUCCUGAUGUUCUUCCGUUGCCACAUGGCUACAUGGAAGUGGAGAUAUACGCGGCUGGUCUGAAUUACAAAGACGUGGUUGUCAGCAUGGGUCACGUACCCGGUGAUGAGUCACAGCUGGGCUUUGAGGCGGCCGGUGUGGUCAAACAAGUCAGUUCAAGCGUGGCCAACUAUGCUCCGGGAGAUCGUGUUAUGGUUUGGAACAAAGGUUGCUUUGCCAACCGGGUCCGGACUGUACCCGCCCGUGUGCAUCGCAUUCCCGACUCUCUGUCAUUCGAGGAUGCUGCAACGCUUCCAGUCGUCUAUGUGACCAGUCUCCACGCUCUCUUCGACAUGGGCAACCUUUCUGCAGGCAAGACUGUCCUUAUUCACUCCGCUGCUGGAGGUGUGGGUAUUGCAGCCGUUCAACUUGCGCAAUAUGUGGGUGCUCGGGUCUUUACCACUGUUAGCAGUCCCGAAAAAAGGCAAUUUCUACAGGACACUUUCGAUUUGAGCAACGACCAGAUUUUCAACUCGCGCAAUACGGAUUUCGCAGACCAGAUCUUGACUGCCACUAAUGGUCGUGGAGUCGAUGUGGUGCUCAAUUCAUUGACUGGAGAUAUGCUUGAAGAGUCCUUCCGCAUCCUCGCUGAUGGAGGCAUCAUGGUUGAAAUUGGCAAAAAAGACAUCCUAGAUCGUAAUAAGCUGACGAUGACGCCCUUUGAUCGCAACAUCUCUUUCAGGGCCGUUGACUUGUCUGCUGAACGCGCUCCUGAUGCUUUGAUUGAGCGAUCCUUGGCCAAAUUGUUCAAGCUCUUGGAAGGGGGUCACAUCAAGCCCAUUAACCCAGUUCACCGCUUCUCGUGGACCGAAAUCCCUAGGGCAGUGCGAUUUCUCAGACCAGGAACACAUAUAGGCAAAGUCGUACUGUCAGACGGGCCUGAUGCCAAGGUCCAGGUUCCGAUCCGCCGGGCGACUCCAAAUCUGGCAUUCCGAGAUGACGGUUGCUAUCUGAUUGUUGGUGGCCUUCGUGGUCUUUGUGGUUCUCUUGCUGUUUACCUAGCAAAACAAGGAGCUAAGAACCUUGCUGUCAUAUCUCGCAGCGGGCACAAGGAUCAUAAGUCGCAGGGCAUUGUUAAGCAGAUUAAUGAUCUUGGAGCUCACAUCGAUCUUCUCACUGCUGAUGUUACCAAUUUCGCAGAGGUGUUACACGCCUUCAAACAAACAAAGGCCCCCAUUGCGGGAAUAAUUCAAGGCGCAAUGGUUUUGAGAGACCGUCCUUUUGACCAGAUGACGUUGGCAGAGUACCAUGAGGCUGUCCAAUGCAAGACUCGCGGGACAUGGAACCUGCACAAUGCCGCAGAAUCGCUUGGCCUCAGCCUCGACUUCUUCACCCUCCUUUCCAGUAUCUCUGGCGUCAUCGGAAACCGAGGUCAGGCCAACUAUGCUGCCGCCAAUGUCUUCCUCGAUUCCUUUGCUGCUUUUCGUCGUGCUCGCGACCAAGCAGUGUGCUCUGUCAAUUUGGGCGUAAUCGAAGAUUCUGGUGUCAUUGCGGAAACUGAGAAUCUGCAAAACGUGUUCGACACUCGGGUCUUCAAAGGCAUCAACACCGGCUUGUUAGCUAAGAUCCUUUACGUCUCGGUGCUGCAGCAACAUGCUCACCCGCGCUCCAGCCCAGAGGCGAAUGCACAGUUGAUCACAGGUCUGAUUGUACCGCAGCCCGCCGACUCUCAAUUGAAAAAGGACGCUCGCUUUUCUGCGCUUUUUGAGGGUCAUUCAGCAAGCGGCGGAGAUGCUGGUGGAGCAAGCGGCAAAGAUGCAGAGGUUCAGUUGGCCUUGUUACUACUCAAGAACGAGUCUGCCGACGAAGGAGCAAGACAAAAGGCGGUCGUCGACGCGAUCAACCUCGCUUUUGUACGCAUGCUACAUCUCCCUGAAGCCAUGGACGUGGAGCGACCGCUAUCUGUAUACGGAAUUGACUCGCUUGCAGCAGUGGAACUCAGGAAUUGGAUCAGAACUGAACUUGGCGCACUCGUUACAACCCUGGAUGUUCUCAACGCUUCAUCUCUUACUAACCUUAGUAAGAGAGUGAUUUCUAAGAUUGUCGCUCGCUAGUUAUUCUUUGAUACACAACCAUCAUCAUUCAAAAAAACCUUUUUUCUACUAGCUUCUAACUCAUUUCGUAAGGCAUGUUUGACGUUAAGGCAC